CUCCGUCUCAAAAAUAAAAAAAAUUAGAAAAAGGAUUUUCUCCUGCAACUGUGGCCUGGGCAUGGCGACUUCAGGCUCUGUGACUCUGGAGGCCCCCUUUGAAUCAUCGAAGCCUCCCGUCAUUGAGGGGUAGCCCACUGUUUACAGCAAUCCAGAGGGUUUCAAGGAAAGGUUCCUUCGCAAGGCGCGCGAGAACACGGUGGUACCCAUAGGUUGCCUGGGCACGGCGGCCGCCCUCACCAAAGGCCUCUACUGCUUCCACCAGGGCAACAGCCAGUGCUUACAGCUCAAGAUGCAUGCCUGGAUCGCCGCCCAGGGCUUCACCGUCGCAGCCAUCUUGCUGGGUCUAGCUGCCCCACUAUGAAGUCUCGACCCUGAGCCCAGGGUCUUGAAACCUCUGCAGAAAUCAUUCCGAAAUCCAGGAGCAACCAGUGGCCCUACCAUGGGACUUACUCCCUCCUCUCCUUUGAGAGGUCCCUGUGUCAUCGGGGGAGGAAGUGACCCUUUGUUUAACCGUAACUGAAAGAUUUUUUCAAAAAUCCCAGAUUUUGUUGUUUGAAUGUUACAUACUUCUAUUUGUGCCACAUCUCCCCUCCGCUCC